AUGAACCACCAGUACGCCCGCCGGGAGGUCUUCUGCCGCAACUCCUGCCAUGAGCUCAAACGCUUCUGGGAACGGGAAAUUGGCAAACAGACUUACUACCGGGAAUCGGAGGAGCACCGUCUAGGACGAAGUGCACUGAGAAGGCUCAGGGAAGAAUGGAAGCAGAGGCUGGAGACCAAGCUGAGGCUCAGGAACAAUCCCGGUGAGACUGAAAAGCAGGCGAACAUCGGCUGA